AUGCUACAAGUUCUAGAUAUUGGAAACAACAUAAAUGACAUAUUCCCAAUUGGUUGGGAGCUCUUCCGGAGCUUCAGGUACUUGUUCUCCAUUCCAAUAAAUCCCAUGCUCUUCUGCCAGGUUCAGGGAGGAACAUUUCUUUUCCAAAUUAAGUUGCGAAUUCUUUAUCUCUCUGACAACGAUUUUAGUGGUCCUUUGCCAACGAGGUAUUUUGAAAGUGUGAUGGCCAUGAAGAGUAUUGGUGAGGGUGAAAGAGAAUUGAAGUAUUUGGGACAAAAAUACUAUCAGGAUUCUGUGAGGGUAACACUAAAAGGGAUAGAGGUUGAACUGGUGAGGAUCCUAACUAUUUUCACUACCAUUGACUUGUCGAUAAACAGCUUUCAUGGAGAGAUUCUAGAAGUAAUCGGAGAGCAUCGUGCAUUGAAAGUGCUAAACUUUUCCCUCAACAGCCUUACAGGACGAAUACCAACAUCUCUGGCAAGGCUAAACUUACCACAAAACCAGCUUGUUGGAUCCAUUCCUCGAGGUAAUCAGUUCGAUACCUUUGAAAAUGAUUCAUAUAUAGGAAGCUUGGGUUUGUGUGGUUGGCCAUUGUCAAAGAAAUGUAGCAGUGAUGAGGCCCCAGAAACACCAUCUUCAGAGUCUGAAGGGAAUGGUGACUUAUUCUUAGAUGGACUUGGUUGGAAGGCUGUGGUGAUAGGGUAUGGAAGUGGAGUGGUGGUUGGCAAUGCUGUUGGAUAUAUAGUGUUCUUAACUGGAAAACCUCGUUCUCUUGUUCGGAUAAUUGAACGAAAUCAUCACAGAAAGAUGAGAAAGACCAAUCAGAGACACAGGGAAACAAGAAACUCAUAA